GUUUGGCAACCAGUGCUGUUAGUCCAUCCCACCACCGCCGCUGCUGCUCAACAGCUGUUCUAACACAUUAAACGUCAAUCAGACAGCUAUCGAAAAGUAAAGUGGUUUAACAAGGAGAACAUUUCGUUUCGUUUCGUCUCUGUUGUUGUUUGCCCAUAGAAAGUUUCAAUAAUGUCAAUGCCCACAGAACUGCGGUACGACGGAAGAGUUGCUGUUGUCACCGGAGCUGGUGCUGGUUUGGGGCGUGAAUAUGCUUUGUUGUUUGGCUCUCGCGGAGCUAACGUCGUUGUAAAUGAUUUGGGUGGAAGUUUUCAUGGAGAGGGAGCUUCGAAGCGAGCUGCAGAUGUUGUCGUUGAUGAGAUCCGUGCCUUAGGAGGUACUGCGGUUGCGGAUUAUAAUUCUGUGGUCGAAGGUGAAAAGGUUAUCCAAACAGCUAUCGAUAAGUUUGGAAGAAUCGAUAUCUUGGUGAACAAUGCGGGAAUUCUUCGCGACAAGAGCAUAGCAAAAACGUCCGAUCUGGAUUGGAAUCUGGUGCAUGACGUUCACUUGAAGGGAUCGUUUAUGACAACCCGAGCAGCUUGGCCGCACUUCAAGAAACAAGGCUACGGACGCAUUAUCAUGACUUCCAGUAACUCUGGGAUAUAUGGUAACUUUGGUCAGGCCAACUACAGUGCCGCUAAAUUGGGCCUAGUCGGUUUAGCCAAUACAAUUGCAAUCGAAGGUAACAAAAACAAUAUUUUCUGCAAUGUCAUAGUUCCAACAGCCGCAUCGAGGAUGACGGAAGAUGUACUGCCCGAACUCUUAUUCCAAGAGCUGAAGCCACAAUUAAUCGCUCCUGUGGUGGCUUAUCUAUGUCAUGAAUCAUGUGAGGAGAAUGGAGCAAUCAUCGAGAGUGCAGCUGGAUGGGCCACGAAGGUCCAGACAGUUCGCGGCAAAGGUGCUCUUCUUCGGACGUCAUUAGAUACAAAGGUAAUUACACCAGAGUAUGUUAAGAGUGUUUGGAACAACGUUACUGACAUGUCUGAGGCAAAACACUGCCCUUCGAUACAAGAAGCAAGUCUUUCACUGAUGAAAAUUCUGGAAAAUGUCCAAGAAGGUCGAGUGGGACAUGAAGACACAUUUAAUUUUGGAUCAAAAGAUUUGGUUCUAUACGCUCUCGGAGUGGGAGCUUCUGUGAAAAACAGCGAUGAUUUGAAAUUCCUUUACGAGAACCAUCCAGAGUUUAGUCCAUUGCCUUCGUUCUUUGUUAUGCCUGGAUUGCUCUUGAGCAUGACAACGAACCUUGUUUCGUCGGCCCUUCCCAAUAGUCAGGUUGAUCUUACUAAUAUUUUGCAUGGGGAGCAGUACAUUGAGAUUCUUGAUGAACUUCCGACAUCUGGAAAGCUUUCAACUUAUGGCAAGGUAUUUGAUGUAAUGGACAAGGGAUCUGGAGCUGUGGUCAUUACCAAUUGUGAUUCGUACACGGAGGACGGUAAUCUUUUGGUAAAGAACCAAAGUGCAAUAUUCAUUGUAGGAGCAGGAAAAUUCGGUGGCAAGAAGCACCCUACUGAAGGGGUUAUUCCGACUAUUCCUGCGCCCAAACGCAAUCCAGAUUCAUCGGUUCAAUACAAGACUAGUGAGGAUCAGGCUGCUUUGUACCGUUUGUCAGGUGAUCUUAAUCCACUUCAUAUCGACCCAAACUUCUCUGCCAUUGCUGGAUUUACAACUCCCAUCUUGCACGGGCUCUGUUCGUUUGGUUAUUCGGUUCGAGCUGUUUUGGCUAAAUAUGCCAAUAACAAUUCGUCUAUGUUCAAGGCCGUAAAAGUGAGAUUUACAAGCCCAGUUUUGCCUGGACAAACUUUGAAGGUAGAAAUGUGGAAGGAAGGUACACGUGUAUAUUUCCGUACAUUAGUUAUGGAGACUGGAAAGGAGGUCAUAACUGGAGCAUAUGUGGAUCUUAAAGGAGCUGGCUCCAAGCUAUAAUUUUUAAAUCCAUCUUUUUUCAUGUAACAAUGGUAUUUUUGGGAUAGAUUUUGGUUAAUGCAUUUCUUAUUUUGUUUUUAUUUUCUUAUCGCAUAAUAAAUAAUAUUUUUUGUUUAUAUUCUUUUA